AUUUAAACUGCGCGAGUAGGGACGUCCCUGGCCGUUGCCAUGGUUCUCUGGAGAUCCACCAGCACUGCACGUGCGGGGCCCAUGGUAUCCGGUUCUCCAGCCCGAACGCGCGGAUGGGCGAAGGUGCCGUCUUCCUCCGCGGCCGCGCGGCGCGCAAGAGGCAGAUCCUGAGGACUCGAAGGCGGCGUUCUUCACGCGAGAGCGAAGACCACGGCGCGGUGCCAGGGCUCUGCGAGCCGAGCCGACAGAGCUCCGCGAGCACCUCAAGUGAGGAGGAAACUUGGCCGCUGCGUCCACGAGAGGCGGACCUGGGCGAUUUCCUCUUGCCGUGCGGUUUGUAUCAGGAGCAGGUCGUGGAGCUGAUGUAUCGGCCCCUGACGCCUGAGGACUAUGAGUUGUUGAAGAGUUUGGAUGAUGCUCUCCCGAACCGCUCUACGGCUGAGAAGAGCCACGUCGCUGCGCUGCUGUCCUCUGCGUCCGCCGAUCCGCUGUGCGCUUUGGGCGAAGACUGUGGAGUCUGCUUGGAUCCUGUGGACUCUGCGGGCGGUCAGAUCACGAGGCUGCCGUGUGACCAUGCUUUCCAUCCUGCAUGCAUUGAGAAGUGGCUGACCAAGUUCAAGAACUCGUGCCCACUUUGCGGUGCGGCUCCAGCGUGAUGAGGGGAAUGUACAUAUUUCAUACAGGAUUUGAAGUGGUCUUGAAUUUGCACCGUUCUGCGGGUUUGCAUGCGCAUGAUCCUCUGGGAAAAUCCCAAAAGAUCAAGAAGGGGGUUCCCAAAUCCUCCAUGGCUUGCACCAUGGAGGUUUCUCGCAAACUCC